GUCUUCUAUAGACACCUCUCUCCUUCUUCUUGAGUUGGCCAGACCCUGUAAACACACUCUUUCUCUCUCUUCAAGCUUUCUCUCUCCAAAAAACUAAAAAAUAUAAAACCCUUUAUGUUUCAUGUGUUCCCAAUACAUGUUUAACGUGAUUGAACCGAUACGCUCCCUUUAAUCAAUCCUUUCUCUCUCUAAAGUCAACAUGCACAAACCUCUGUUGAUCCAUUUAUUUAUAUGAAAAUUCCUUCAUUCUUCAUCAUAAAAGCUAUUGACUUUUUAAGGGAUCGUUCAGAGUAACAUGAAGAACAACGAAGAACAAUCUCGAUCUCUGUUUGGUAUUUCUCUCUCCGAUCGACCAAAAUGGCAACAAUUUCUCAUCUGUUCUUCGGGGUUUUUCUUUGGGUAUCUCGUUAAUGGUGUUUGUGAGGAAUAUGUAUACAAUCGACUUAAAUUCAGUUAUGGCUGGUAUUUUACAUUCAUUCAAGGAUGGGUUUACCUUGCUUUAAUUUACUUGCAAGGUUUCACCACCAAGCAAAUGGUGAAUCCAUGGAAGACAUAUGUGAAGCUUUCAGCAGUACUCAUGGGUUCUCAUGGUCUCACCAAAGGGUCUUUAGCUUUCCUAAAUUACCCUGCUCAACUCAUGUUUAAAUCCACCAAGGUUCUUCCGGUGAUGGUCAUGGGGGCGUUUAUCCCUGGAUUGAGACGAAAAUACCCUCCACACGAAUAUGUAUCCGCUUUACUUCUGGUGGUGGGUCUAAUACUAUUCACACUUGCGGAUGCAAAUACUUCGCCUAAUUUUAGCAUUCUUGGUGUUGUUAUGGUUUCUGGUGCUUUGAUCAUGGAUUCAUUUCUUGGGAAUUUUCAAGAAGCUAUCUUUGCAAUGAAUCCCAAUACAACUCAGAUGGAGAUGCUAUUUUGCUCAACUGUUGUGGGUUUGCCUUUUUUGAUUCCUCCAAUGCUUUUGACAGGGGAAUUAUUCAAAGCUUGGAGUUCUUGUUGGCAGCAUCCUUAUGUCUACGGCGUGUUGAUAUUCGAAGCAAUGGCGACAUUUAUCGGGCAAGUUUCCGUCCUUUCGCUCAUUGCCUUAUUUGGAGCCGCCACCACUGCCAUGAUAACAACAGCUAGAAAGGCGGUGACAUUGUUGCUAUCUUACUUGAUCUUCACAAAGCCAUUAACAGAGCAACAUGGGACUGGUUUGAUUCUAAUUGCAAUGGGAAUCGUGUUAAAAAUGAUCCCAGAGAACAAACCAACUCCAAGAAUGGUUCAGAAGAGGAAAGAAGUGCCUUUGGGUAAUAAUGAUGAAAACAGAAGAAACGAAGAGGAAGAGGAAAGGAGACCUUUGGUUUAAUUCUUAUAUAUAUAUAUAUAUAUAUAUAUAUAUAUAUAUAUAUAUAUAUAUAUAUAUAUAUAUAUAUAUAUAUAUAUAUAUAUAUAUAUAUAUAUAUAUAUAUAUAUAUAUAUAUAUAUAUAUAUAUAUAUAUAUAUAUAUAUAUAUUAUUUUUGUGUUUAGGUAAAUUUUAUUUGGUUUUGUGGGCAUGAACAAUAAUGGAAAAAGGGUCUAUUGGGUACAUUAGGUUUUAAGUCCAUUAUAAUGAUUUUAUUUAUACAUAUUGAUAUAAGCAUCUUCAAAACGCAUAUGCAUAACAAAUGUAGACACAGCAUAUGCAUAGAACAUGGGUUGUUUAAAAGUUUCUAUUUUGAGAAAGAAAUACCACAAGGGGAUUUUCAAUAAUGCAAUUUAAGAAGAGAAAGGCACAAGUUACAAAAAAGUUGUUGCAGUAAGAUAUUUCAAGAUCCAAAUUCCAUGUCAAUGAAUCGUAAAUAACUCCCCCAGUCAACAAUACAUAGGUUGUUUAAAGUAUCUAUUUUUAGAAAGAAUUUCUACAAGAGGAUGUUCAAUAAUGCAAGUUACAGAAGUCAAUACACAAGUUACAAGCCAAACAAAAUUGUUAAAUUUAUAGUUUCCAUUUUACUUAUUUAUAUAUUUGUAAAGAGUGCAUAUGCAUAUAUUUACUUUAUUAUAUCAGUGAAAUACAUGGAAACCCAUUAGAUA